AUGGUUCUCACUAAAAUCUGGCUGAUACCAAUAUUCUACGGCCUAUGUGCGAUAUCGGCGACUGCGACUAAAUAUUUCUUCGUAUCACUUCUCAAAUCGUAUCCCCAUAUUUUGCCGUUUCUAGCUUCUCGGGAUGCAUCACUAUUUGGUGAAUGCGUUUUUGCACAUCUCGUAAGCUAUUCGGCGUUUUUAUUGAUGUUAAUUGCAUAUAUUCGCCACCGCCAAACAGUUGAGUACUAUGCUCAUAGAUUAGGUUGGGAAAACUCUGCUUGGCGAGUUAUGUCAACUGUGAUCGCCGGAAUCGGUUUCUUCGCCGCUCUCUGUAUCACAGUAAUUGCUCAUUGUGAGGAUCCAGAGUUAUCGAUUGUUCACGACUGGGCAGAUACAAUUGCAUUCAGUGCUGGAUUACUGUAUGCAUGGUCACAAGCAGUGCUCACAUGGGCACUUGUGCCACGUAUGUGUACUCUACGAGUUUGCAUUUUUCGUUUCACAAUUGUUCUUAUUGAGACCGUUGCUUUUGUUUUCUACCGUUUCGUGAAAGAUGAUAAAAAUUUGUCGCCCGCAUGGUUAUUAGAAGCGAGUUUAUGGAUUAUUGCAAUUUGCUUUCACGUUUUCAUCAUCACUUUCUUCAUUGAACUUCGAUUCUCCUACUUGCACUCUCCAAAAGUUGUUUUUGUGAGAGCAGCAGCUGAAAAUUCGGAUCGAGCACCAAUUCUACGAGAUGAAGAAGACCAUCUGAACAAUAAUUUACACUAA